AUGUUAUUCCACAGGAAUGAGACGCUUCCGAAUAUUAGGAAGAUUUUUGUACAGUAUGUCACCGACAAACCCUACGCUGUCACUUACUUCGGAGCUCGCCUUCACUCUCAUGAUUGUCGUCACGUGAUCAGGGAUAUCGAUGGCUCCGGAUUGGCAUAUGAUGUCGGACUAAGAAAUCAUGAUGAAUUGCUGAGUAUCAACAACAUUGAGACUGAUUUGACCAAUACAAUCCAGUUAGCAGUCCUAGAGUGUUUGGCAGAUAUCGGUACUCGUAUUGGAUUGGUUAUCAAACGGAAAGAGCACCAAGACGAGGAGAAGUGGUUAUAUGCUUUCCAUCUCAACGAAAAAGUGAUAGAUGGACGACCGAUUGUGGAAACCAUUUCAAGGCAUCUGUUGGACAGCGGAAGUGAGGACAACUCUUUCAUUGAAUUACUUUCGGCCAAGACUGCAUUUGAUGUGAAACCGUCCUAUGAAUAUAAGAGCCAAGAACAAGUUGAACUCAUUGAAAAGAGCCACGAUCUAUUCACAAAGAUCGAAAACGUGACCCUGAACUACUAUCAAGUUGUAGGUGGAGGAACCCCCCCUGGAGAUCCAAUCGCCAUCUCCGAACCCGGGUCACCCCGCAGACCGAUGUGCGUUAAAGGUGUCACUGCGGGUCCCCUUCGCGUGGUAGAGUUUCCUCGCUGGAUGACAAAUCCCCGUUUCCAGAUACCACAGAAUAACAAGUUCUUUUUCUUGACAUUGCCUCCUACCGGUUCAGCCAUAAUCAAGGCAGCCAACACUAAUGAUCUCUACAUGACUGACGUGGAAUCGAUUGCUAGUCUUGGUCGAACAGCCUCCGAGUUUCGAAUCGUACAGGACCUCAAGGCGAUUCUGCGUGUAAAUCCACCGAAGAAACCCCCACCCUCGUGAUGUAAAAAUAAGAAAAUAAUAAUGCGCUCUACAGAUGUGUGCAAUACAUAAAUAUCGGAAUUGGGUGAUUCCAUACGUGUCGUACGGGACAUUUAGAGAACAUUUGACAGUUUUUUUUACCAGAAAAACUAAAAAUAUUCCAGUAACUAAAGGUGAUCAUCAAGUACUACCAGAGUGUUAGAAAAACCAAGACUUAACAUGACUUGAAUUCACAUCCUGUAUAAUACAGAUUUAAAAUAGUAAUGUGUCGUACGGACGCAGAAAAAGUUGCUUUUUUCGAAACCUCAAGUUUGUACUCUAAAGUCUGUGAGUUCGACAGAUAUUUUUCAUAGAAACUGAACUCAAAUUGAUAUUCAAUUACCCAAGAACAAACACAUCUAUGAAAGAAA